UUCAAGCAAUGCAAAGAAGAAGUUUGACUUAACAUAAUUUUUCAGUUCAAAAUGCAAAUAUAUACUGCACUCUUUAUAUUGUACCAUGCGAAAGAUGAAAAAGAAAGCAUGAAAUAGAAGAGUUGCUCAUGUGUUCUUGGAUGUCCCAUAUCACUGCAGCUACGAGAGCUACUGCAAUAGUCCAUCAGAAGAUCUAUGAAAGCAUUGGUGUGGUAUGUACUACAAAUACAGCUUGCAAGUUCGUCCUUUCUAUUGGCUCCGUGUAAGACAUAUCUGCAACUUGAAAACAGCGGGAUGUACAAUGGUAACAGUAAUGAUGCAAGGCACUGUGAUCUCUACUGACAAAAAAGGUAUAGAUUGUUUCCUUGAGAAAAGUACAAUGUGUUGGUCAUUUUGGAUAACCUUAAUCAAGACAUUAUAAUUAGUGUACUUUGCCUUAAUAUACUUUAAAUAAUUUCUAAUGAAUGCUUAAGAAUGAAAGACUCAGUUGAUUGUUGAAAAUCUGCAAUUGGACUAUACAAAUGUGGAACUUAGUUUGAAGAACCCUGAGCCUUAACAUAUUCUCAGUGUGCAAACUGAAGAAAAGAAGAUUGCUUGAAAUUUAUCAAGACUUAGAUUCUUCUGGGAAUGUGAAGGAAAAGCUAUAGAUAGAUAUUUAGCUUAAUGUACAAAUUUAAUCUAUGGAAAACAAUUGUUAAUGAGAAAGAAAGAAAAAUAGAAAGUAGAACAUAUAUUUCUUCUGCAAAGACAUUUCUGUUUCAUUCAAUGACUAAAUGUAAAGUCAGUGGGAUUUUCUCCUUAAAAAUAACUAAUUAUCCCUCAAAUAUUAUUGAUUAUGACAAUUACCACAAUAUUUUGUUCUUUUAGACACAGUUAAUCAGAAUUAGAACAUGGCCACAUGUUCCAUGAUAUUUGGUCUCAUUUUAACACCACUUGGAUGGAUUUUGCUUCUGACAGCCACAGUCACACCUCAAUGGAGAGAAUUUGCACAAAGGCCUGGGUACUCACUAGACCUCUUCUUCUAUGAUGGAUUAUGGGAGACUUGCAAAGAGGUGACCACUUUCAACAUUCGAGAGUGCAAGCCACUUUUGAAAGAAGCUGUGGCUUCCUGGUGGAUCCAUCUACAGCGUUUCUUAACCAUUAUAUCUGUGAUCAUAGGAGCACUGAGCUAUGUUGCUGCUCAUAUAGGGGUGCAUUGGUGGGAUGAUAAUUCUAUGCCAAAUCUUACUGGAUCUGCAGGACUGUUUAUUGCUUUGGCUGGGUCUCUGUAUAUUUGUGUUGUCUCCUACAGUGCAUUUGAAAUCUUAUCUGCUAUUAUGGACUCAGCCAUAGAAGUUGCAGAAAAAUUUUCAAUGGGCACUUGUUUAUACCUUGGAUGGUGUGGGGGAUUUGUUGUGCUGAUAUCAGGAAUCCUACUUAUGUGUAAUUACAGUUGCAAGUGUCCAGCAAGAGACACUGAUCUCCAUUAUGGUCCAAAUGUUUAAACAAAGGAUAAUCUGCUUUUACCUCUUCAUAUUAAUUCCAAUAUAAUGUGUGAAAAAUUAUGAUUAUUCCCUAAUAUCAUGGUGUCAUAAGAUGUUUUUCACAAACAUUUAAUUCAAAUUAAUUUGCAAGGUCUGGCUUAAUUAUUUUCUCCAAUGAAAGAAUUUUACAGCAGUUCCUUGGUUGUAGAUGUUUGGUCAAGAGGAAAAAAAACGAAAACAAUAUGUAAACUUCAGGCCAGCAAAGAGAAACAUAGCCAGUAUUUAUUCUAUUAUAAUUGGUGGUUCCAAGGGGCAUGUUCAUAUUUAUGUCAUACUUGAGGCAAGGACAGAGUGGCCACUAAUAAACUACAUGAGUGGACAUUCAGUGAGUGGUGAUUGUCCCUUAUUUUAUACUCUUUGCUCUGGAUUUUAGAGUUCAGAGAGCAAUGCAUAUUCCAGCUCUCUACUGAUAAUGACAGGCAGCCCAAGAACCAUUCUAAGUGUAUGGCCUUUUAAAUAAUAUGGGAACUUCGUAGAAAGAGACAAAAUAAA